GACGGAGCGGAGUUGGCGGGUCGGCUUCGCCUCGCGCGCUGCUCGAGUGCUGCUGCUGCCGCCGCCGCCGCGGUAACCGCCGUAACCGCCGCCUCAGCCCCUUGUGUGAGGGGAAAGUUGGGGUGGGGGCUUCCCGGCGGCUUCUCGGAUGCGGCGGAAGCAGAAGCGGCUGCUGCAGGCGGUGGGGCUGGCGCUGGCCGCCCUCGUCUUCCUUCCCAACGUGGGGCUUUGGUCGCUUUACCGGGAGCGGCAGCUGGAUGGCGGCGAUGGCAGAGAAGCGGCGGGCGGCGGAGGCGCGGGGGGAGCCCGCGGGGCGGCGGCAGCUGGGGCGGUACCGGCGGCAGCGGCGGCAGCAGCCCGAGGAGAAGCGCAGGGUUUCCAUACAAGGCAGAAGAAAGAAGCUUAUCUUGAAAACAGACAAAGGAAAAAGGACUGGCAUGACAGGGAUGCUAUAAAGAAAGACUUGCAACGUACAGGAAAUGGAGAACAGGGAAAACCGUAUCCUAUGACAGAUGCCGAGCAAGUGGAUCAGGCAUACCGAGAAAAUGGCUUUAAUAUUUUUGUGAGUGACAAAGUUUCUCUCAAUCGAUCCCUACCAGAUAUACGACACCCAAACUGCAAUAGCAAGCUAUACCUGGAAAACCUCCCCAACACCAGUGUAAUAAUCCCAUUCCACAACGAAGGGUGGUCAUCACUUCUCAGAACAGUGCACAGUGUUCUCAAUCGCUCUCCUCCUGAACUCAUAGCUGAAAUUGUACUGGUGGAUGAUUUCAGUGACAGAGAACACUUAAAAAAGCGCUUGGAGGACUAUAUGGCCCAGUUUCCCAAAGUGAGGAUUCUCCGAACUAAGAAGAGAGAAGGGUUGAUAAGAACUCGUAUGCUGGGAGCUUCUGUUGCUAUAGGAGAUGUUAUUACUUUUUUGGACUCUCACUGUGAGGCCAAUGUGAAUUGGUUGCCACCCCUUUUAGACCGCAUUGCUCGAAAUCGCAAAACUAUUGUUUGUCCAAUGAUUGAUGUAAUUGACCAUGACCACUUUGGCUAUGAAACACAAGCUGGAGAUGCAAUGCGAGGUGCAUUUGACUGGGAGAUGUAUUACAAGCGGAUACCCAUUCCUCCUGAAUUACAGAAACCUGACCCGAGUGACCCUUUUGAAUCUCCUGUAAUGGCUGGAGGACUGUUUGCAGUCGAUAGAAAGUGGUUCUGGGAGCUGGGAGGAUAUGAUGCAGGCCUGGAAAUAUGGGGUGGAGAACAGUAUGAAAUAUCAUUUAAGGUAUGGAUGUGUGGCGGUCGUAUGGAAGAUAUUCCUUGUUCCCGUGUUGGUCAUAUCUACAGAAAAUAUGUUCCUUACAAAGUUCCUUCAGGAGUCAGCUUGGCAAGAAACCUGAAGCGUGUUGCUGAGGUGUGGAUGGAUGAAUAUGCAGAGUACAUUUACCAGAGGAGACCUGAAUAUCGGCAUCUGUCUGCAGGAGAUGUGACUGCCCAGAAAGAACUUCGCAGUAAUCUCAACUGCAAAAGUUUCAAGUGGUUCAUGAAUGAAGUUGCUUGGGACUUGCAAAAGUUCUAUCCACCAGUGGAGCCUCCAGCAGCUGCCUGGGGAGAGGUCCGUAAUGUAGGAACCGGCCUCUGUGCAGAUACCAAACAUGGAGCCCUUGGUUCCCCACUACGGGUUGAAGCCUGUGUGAAAGGCAGAGGAGAAGCUGCCUGGAACAGUGUGCAGGUGUUCACAUUUAGCUGGCGAGAGGACAUCCGUCCAGGAGACCCCCAGCACACAAAGAAAUUCUGUUUUGAUGCUGUUUCCCACAACAGCCCAGUGACUCUCUAUGACUGUCAUGGAAUGAAGGGGAAUCAGCUAUGGAAAUACAGGAAAGACAAGACUCUUUACCACCCAGUAAGUGGCAGCUGCAUGGACUGUAGUGAGAGUGACCGAAAAAUCUUCAUGAGCACGUGCAAUCCUUCCUCUCCAACACAGCAGUGGAUAUUUGAACACACAAAUUCAACUGUCUUGGAAAACUUUAACAAGAAUCUUGAUCUUUAAAGACUAUAUGUAUAUAUUACAGCUAUAAUUUUUACAGGGGAGAUGACAAUUUUUUUAAAAGAAUAAUUUUUUUAAAACAAUAAAAGGGAAAAUCUCAGGA